AUGAUUGAACUAAGAGCAUUGGGAGGUCUGAUGCGAUCAAGGAGUGGAGAAAAAGAAUGGCUUGAAGUUAAAGAGAGCAGUAUUUGGGCUUUAACACAUGAGAAUUCAAUCUUGCCUGCCUUGAGGUUGAGCUACUUUCAUUUAAAUCCGACCUUAAAGCAGUGCUUUUCUUUUUGUGCUAUAUUUCCCAAAGAGUGGAUAAUCAUGAAAGAAGAACUCACUAUUCUUUGGUUGGCUAAUGGAUUUAUUUCGUCUAGAGAAAAUUUGGAGGUCGAAGAUGUUGGCAGCAUGAUUUGGAAUGAAUUGUGCCAAAAAUCAUUCUUUCAAGACAUCAAGAUUGAUGAAUAUUCUGGAGACAUUUCUUUCAAGAUGCAUGAUCUUGUCCAUGAUCUUGCUCAGUCGAUAAUGGGGCAAGAAUGUGUGGUUUUAGAGAAUAAAAACAUGGCUAGUUUGUCAAAAAGUACACAUCAUAUUAGUUUUCAUGAUGCUUCUCAUUUAUCAGUCGAUAAGAGUGCUUUGAAAAAAGUAGAGUCCUUACGCACAAUAUUUGAGUUGAAUUGUGAUAGAUUUGUACGAACUGACUACUUCCCAUUUCCAACAAACUUUUCUCUUCGGGUUUUACGCUUCUCCUCUUUCCAGGUAUCAUCACUCGGAAGCUUAAUUCAUCUGAGGUAUUUGGAAUUUUGUAGUCUUAACAUUGAAAACAUUCCUGACUCAAUUUACAGCUUACAUAAAUUAGAAAUCUUAAAAUUGAAAAAUCUUGAAAAACUGAGAUGUCUACCGAAAUAUUUGGCUUGCUUACAAAGUCUCAGGCAUCUUGUCAUUAACGAUUGUGAUGCGCUUUCUUAAUUGUUUCCUUACGUGGGAAAAUUAACUUGCCUAAGAACAU